UUUCAAACACUCAAUAUUAAUGUAGAACCACACUACAAGAUCGCGAAGAAGACGCCCGUAGGGACUGAUCAGCCAGCCAAUGUUGUAUUCCGUGACCGACCGAAUACAACAGAGAGUUAUCAUAAAUUCAUGCAGAUGAGAGUAAUACAUGAAUUUAAAGAGUCUGUUUGUCAAGUAUUCGAGGCAUCAUACAAUGAAUUGGUAAUUGCCGCUCGUCCGAUGAAAACCUUCGAGUUCCCCGAUGGGUUCAACACGUCAUUUGGCGUGCAACGAUUCGACGUUCCCGAAAUUCUAUUUAAUCCAUUAAAAUUUAUAACGCAGAUAUUAAUUACACACCUUACCUAA